AUGGCUCAAACUCAUUUCCUACCGAUCCCAAACACAGAUUUAAUUUCUUCAUUCAACUUCAAUUAUCAUGGUAAUCGAAUAGCUGUUUCUUCUUUAGAUCAUCAUCUCUAUGUACUUUCAUCGGAUCCUGAAACUGGUAAUUGGCCUCAAGAUAUUCAACAAGAAGAAGAUCAAUUAAUCAAAAAUAAAAAACAUUUGAAAUCAUUACCAAACUUACAAAGUUGGACAGCACAUGAAGGUCCGAUUUUAAAAGUCGUUUGGUCUGAACCUCCUCAUGAUGAAUUAUUGGCUAGUUCUGGUACAGAUGGAACGAUUAGGAUUUGGGAAGAACGUUGUACCGAACCUUCAUCAGAACCUAUCACUCAAUGGCGUCAACAAGCAAUCUUGGCCGAUUCUUAUGGUCAUGUUCGAGAUUUGGCUUUUAGUCCAUCUGAAACUAGCUUAAAACUCGCGUCUAUCUCUACCGAUCAUCAUUUACGUCUUUAUGAGUGUCUAGAGUCCAAUUCGAUCACAUCUGAUAGUUGGAAUAUGAUCAUCGAUCUUGAUCUUUCCGUUUUACCUCCUACUCUCUGUAGUUCAUCAUCCGGUGGUUGGUCUUUAACAUGGUGUCCUGAGACUUACUGGGGCGAUAUACUAGCUGUCUCUGCUGCAGUGAAAUCGACUGGCACCGAAUCCAAUCCGAAUCUACAAACCCAAACGAGUCAUCAGUUUUCAAAACCAGCACCAGUCUCAAGUUUAGCUUGGUCACCUGCAUGUGCAAGGGAUUAUCAUUUGAUUGCAGCAGGUCAUCGGGAUGGAAGAGCAAGGAUUUGGAAAUUAAAACCAUCUAGUCUGAAUUCAUUACCAAGCAAUCAAUCUAGUAUGCAUUGGCAAGUUGAACUUGAUACUGAAUUAGAAGAUCAUGUGAUUAAGAAACCUUUGAAGGAAGUCGGAAGUGAUGGUGACAACAGUGGUGGAGGAGGGGUUGGAAAGUGUGAAUGGAAUGUAACAGGAACGGUGUUGAGUACGAGUGGUUCGGAUGGGAAAGUACGUAUAUGGAAGAGUAAGUUGAUUGAGCUUCACUCUGAUCUCUUGGAUGGUCUUGGCUGA